AUCACCAAAAUUCGAAACAAAAUUUAAAUCGAAGAAGCAAAUCACAAAUAUAAAAAAAUGUCAGGAGUUUACGACAAUCAAGCUGAUAUCUACUUAGACGCACGUCCUACUUAUCCCGCCGAUUGGUACUCCAAGCUCGCCGCUCGCUCCCACCGUCACAAUCUCGCUUGGGAUGCCGGAACCGGAAACGGCCAAGCCGCCAUCGGCAUCGCGGAACACUACGAAAGAGUCGUCGCGACGGACGUAAGCGAGACGAUGUUAAAACUCGGAAAACCGCAUCCGAAAGUAACGUACCACCACACGCCGCCGUCGAUGACGGAAGACGAGAUGGUGAAUCUGAUCGGAGGAGGAGAGAACUCCGUUGAUCUGAUAACUGUAGCUACCGCCGUACACUGGUUCGAUCUCCCGAGAUUCUACGCGAUUGCGAAUCGUCUUCUCCGUAAACCAGGAGGAAUUAUCGCCGUGUGGAGCUACAACACUGACAUGGUGGUGAGUCCCGAGUUCGACUCGGUGAUGACUCGGUUUAACGCUGAAACGAUGCCGUAUUGUAAAUUCCCAGAAAGUCAGUACUUUUUGGACGGAUAUAAAACGUUGCCGUUUCCGUUUGAGAGUGUGGGUUUGGGCUCUGAGGGAAAGCCCAUUGAGUUGGAGAAUGAAACAGUGUCGUUUGAAGGAUUCUUGCGGAUGUUGAGAUCAUGGUCUGCCGUUGGUGCUGCUAAGGAGAAAGGAGUCGACUUGUUGUCCGAUAAUGUAGUGAAAGAGCUUGAGACGGCUUGGGGUGGUUAUGAGCUGGUUCGAACCAUUGUUUACAAGACGUUUAUGCUCGCGGGAACCGUUCGUUAGAAACUAGCUUCUUCUUAAAUUGGUAACCAACUAGUUGAAACUUGAUAUCUUAAUGGUAUUUGAAACCUCA